GACGUCGGCGGGAACCGUUCUCACCGAACAAGCGGAGGCCCAGUUAUGAGAGCGUAGCGGCCCACCACCGCCGGGUCUCCCGGAGAGGGCGCGCCCGCUGGCCAGAGGACCAAUCAGAGCACGGCAGGCUCGCAGGCCGCCCCCCAGGGACCACUCAGGCGCAGGCCGCUGGCGCUGCCUGCUCUUCGACUGGGCGAGCUUCCUGCCAGUCAUGGCGGAAUCAGAGCGGCGUCGGCCAGUAGCUGGAGGCGGUGGCGUCAGGCCAGCGGCUGGGCGCAAGCGGGUCGGCGUUGACUGAGCCGCCGCCCUCCCGCCUGCGCACUGCCUCUCGGCCCCCUCAGGCCCGCCCGCAGCCGGCCGCGUCAUGCCAGGCGCUGCUAGGCGGUAGGGAGUGCCUGGGGCCGCCGCCUCCGCCCGCCCGAAGCCGCGCCCACUGCCCAGAGCCAGAGGGAUGGUGGUAGUCACGGGGCGGGAGCCAGACAGCCGUCGCCAGGACGGUGCCAUGUCCAGCUCCGACGCCGAAGACGACUUUCUGGAGCCUGCCACGCCGACGGCCACGCAGGCGGGGCACGCAUUGCCCCUGCUGCCCCAGGAGUUUCCUGAGGUUGUUCCCCUUAACAUCGGAGGGGCUCACUUCACUACACGCCUGUCCACACUGCGGUGCUACGAAGACACCAUGUUGGCAGCCAUGUUCAGUGGGCGGCACUACAUCCCCACGGACUCCGAGGGCCGCUACUUCAUCGACCGAGAUGGCACACACUUUGGAGAUGUGCUGAAUUUCCUGCGCUCAGGGGACCUCCCACCCAGGGAGCGUGUUCGAGCUGUGUACAAAGAGGCCCAGUACUAUGCCAUCGGGCCCCUCCUGGAGCAGCUGGAGAACAUGCAGCCACUGAAGGGCGAGAAGGUGCGCCAAGCGUUUCUGGGACUCAUGCCCUAUUACAAAGACCACUUGGAGCGGAUUGUGGAGAUCGCCCGGCUGCGUGCGGUCCAGCGGAAGGCCCGCUUUGCCAAGCUCAAGGUCUGUGUCUUCAAGGAGGAGAUGCCCAUCACCCCGUAUGAGUGUCCGCUCCUCAACUCCCUGCGCUUUGAGCGGAGUGAGAGUGACGGGCAGCUUUUUGAGCACCACUGUGAAGUGGAUGUGUCUUUUGGGCCCUGGGAGGCUGUGGCUGAUGUUUAUGACCUGUUGCACUGCCUGGUCACGGACCUCUCGGCCCAGGGCCUCACCGUGGACCACCAGUGCAUCGGGGUGUGUGACAAGCACCUUGUGAACCACUACUACUGCAAGCGCCCCAUCUAUGAGUUCAAGAUCACAUGGUGUGUAUUGGUGUGAACACGGAACAUGAUGGGGGAUUUACCUGACCAGCCACCCCAUAGCCCCUGGCUGAAGAAGAAAGAGCAUCUUCUGUCCCACUGCACCCCUUCUCCUCCAAGAAUAGUUGCCCACCUUCCUAAAAUGUGGAAAGACUUCUCUUUUCCUUCCGGAACAUGUUCUUCACCACCUUUUGGAGAUUUAACCAUAGCUGCCAAAGCUAUGCACCCAGUUGGCCUUAGAAAACCACAGUGUUUACAGCCCUGUCUUAGGGCCACAGCUUCUUCUAUCUUCCACCACCCUCCUUGCUUGCAGGGUUGUCUUCUCACAGGCCUGGAAUGCAAAUUUCAGAGGCUUCUUUUGAAGAUUCCCCAAGUCAAGCAGGCAAGAUGCCUAGAUCUUCUGUUAUGUUUGACAUGUAACAUCCUUUUUAGAGGCUCAGAACACCUCCUUGGCUGCUAUCUCAUGUGUUAGAAUCCAAUUUGUGGUGAACCUCUUUGGAAGGGGCCCCCUCUUUAAACCCUGUUGCUCUGUCCUGGUAACAUUCUCCUAGGAGAGCAUGUCUUCUGAGAAGGUAAAGGAAGGGCUGGGUGAGACACACAGCUAUCCUAGGAGCCGUAGGAAGACAGAGAAGACUUCCCUUUUGUUUUAUUCCUCACUCCUCUAUUUUUGUCUUCUCUAUAUUUUGUUUUACUCCUCACUCCUCACUCCUCUAUAUUUUGUUUUACUUACUCCUCUAUUUCAGAAAUUGAAAAAGAUCCCCAAGGAUCUGUUACUACUGCAUUUCUUUCUUGCUCUGUCCACAGCCUGGGCCAACUAGUCAGGGUCUGGACAUGCAUCUCCUAAAGGAAGAACUGUGUAGCACCACUGAUCACAAUGUAACAUUUCCGUGCUGCAUUAAGGGCGUCUCUCUGUAAUCAUGACCGUACCUGUCUCUUCCUGGGUAUUCUUGAAGGGAGAUAUUUUUUUUUAAUGUGUGAAGAAUUGAUGUGAGCCAGGAACAUGUCUGUAGACCCAGCUACUUGGGCACACGCCUGUAGCCCAGGCUACUCAGGCACACACCUGUAGUACCAGCUACUCCGGAGGCUGAGGCAGGAGGAUCACUUGAGCCCAGGAGAUGAAGACUGUAGUGUACUAUGAUCAUGCCUAUGGCUAGCCACUGUACUCCAGCCUGGGCAACACCACCGUUAAAAUAAAUAAAUAAAGGAAUUGGGGAGGACCACCUCACUGGUCUCAGACUUACAGGACCAGAUAGAUGAGAUGGGUAUAGGGGGAGCUGAAGUCUGUGUUCAUAUGAGGAAAAGAAGACCAAGCCCUGGGACUUUGGUUGAAUUCCUCCGUGGGGCUGGAAGGCAGUGACCUCCUGUUCCCUCUGUGUAAGCAGAGAUUCCAGGGCAUGGUUGUGCACUCCUGUUGUACUCUUUUAGAGGUGGAAAAGAGGUGAAUACUGAGAUCUAAGAGGAAAGAACAGUCAUUCAUGUUCUGAGAUAUGGGCUCUCUCUAUUGUUCUCAUAUACAAAGGGAUAGUCUCUUUUUUGGAGCUGAUGUCCCUGCUUGGAGGUUAGCCCAAAAACAUGGCUCUUGCAUUGUUCUAAGACAAAAGUCUUUGAUUUUGGUUCUUCUGAUUGGUGUUACCUACUGCCUAAUAUGUGUUCAUUUUUUGACAGAGAGGCAGACUAUUGAAAAAGUCUGUGUGAACAGAGAGCAGUUCAUUAAGCCCAAUGCUUUCAGUAAUGUGGCCUUGACCCCUUCUGCUACCCGCCAUCCCACGGAGCAUCGCAGGGCUUGGUUAUUUAGAGUCCAUACAUGCAAGCCAGGGAGACACUUGUUUGCUCAAAUGCAAGUUUGCUCAAAAACAGGUCCUGAAGGCUGGCUUAGGGUUACAGGGAUGCUGGGUAAGAACACUGUUCUUGUGUCUCUCGCUGGAGAAACCCCUGUUUCUCUGACUCCCUAUGUGAUCCUCACAGUAAUGUCUUCUGUGCCACUGUAGGACACAAGGCUCUGGCCAGUAGAGAAGACAGAGAGGUGACACUGGGCAGCAAGCUGAGAGCUCUUUCUAAAUAGAGUGAACGCCUUCAGUGGUCUAGUUUCUCCAUUCUCUGAUGAGAAACCGAGGCCAGGCGAAAAAGUGAAUUAGAUGUGGUGGAUUGUGCUAAUGGCCUCCAAAUAAAGGGGUUAUCCCUGUGGAAGUGAUUUCUCCCCAUUUGAUCCCUUUUCAACUCUGAGUGGCCAGGCCCAGAGCAGAAGAAGGGUUGGGUCUGGAAGGAAGGCUCCAAAGGUUGAAAGCUUCUCCCUGAUCAGAAGGAAGUGCAUCUUUAUAGAAUUGUUGUGUGUAAUGUCAGUAAAUCCCUCUCGCUUGACAAGGGACUGGAUUCAUCUUGCCUUGAGGCAGGCCGGUAGUUAUCAGUGAGUCAAACCAAAGUGAAAGUUUCAGGAGAUGGGACCACAUGGUGAAAUGCUCGCCAUAAUAAAAUUCCUUAAAGAUAAAAAAGCUAAUGUUAUAGCAAUGAAAAAGACUGAAGCAAAACCACACUGAAACACAUCCCAUUCCAGGGGAGGAAUUCUUUGCGUAACACCCUAAAUCAAAGGAAGGAAUCACCACCUUCCUUAUCCUACCUCUGCCUUGUUCACCAGGCUGCCCAGUGCUUACCAUGCAGAAAGCAGUCAGCUGUACUCUGGAAGUUUCUGUUCUUUCCUGGGGCUUAGGAUAUUCUGGGAGCUGUCUGAGCCUUGUGCUUCAGGCUUAUCAGGUGAUAUAAUCUUCCUGUUCUGGGUUGCUUGCUGGAGGACUAGGAGGUGACAUUUACAAGACACAGGCGGCGUGAGCACCCAUGUGUGGUCUUGGUCUAAACCAGCUCUUGAACAGGUUAAAGCAAACAGCAAUAACAAAACAAAAACUACCCACACUGAGCAUUUUGAUCCCAGUAAUAUUUCAAAUAUUGUCCUUCUGCAUAUGUUCUAUCCAUAUUUGAUUCCAAUAUACAUUAUUAAGCUUUCUUGGGUACUAUUUUUCUGGGGCUCUUGCAUGAAGGUGGUGCCUGUCUCAUGAUCUUAAAAGAGAGAGGCUUUUUUCAUCCAAAGCUGGAGUGUUGGGAACUGGGGUGGGAGAGGCACUUUCUGGAAUUCUGAGAGAAUCAUAUCUGUGUAUAUACGUAUUGAGUGGGGAAGGAUGGGGGUUGGCAGGGGUUGAGGGAGGUGGGAACAAACAGUGGGUAUGGGAACAGGCAGUCACCUCGAGUCACCUGGGUCCGUCGUCGUCCUUCUGUACGGUAUUGGGUUUAUGUACACAGUAUAACACUUCCUGUGUGAGUUCAUGUACCUGUCUGUGAGUGCUUUGGUGUAUGGAGCCUCAGUACACUCCAAGGGCAUUAAAGUCAAGAACUAGAA